AUGGGGUCCGCUACAGCGAAGAUCUCAAAGCAAGACAACGCCAAGAGCAACGAAGAAUUCAUCUUCUUCCUCCAAACCUCCUCCAUUGUUUUUCUUUCAAGAGCUCCAUACCCCAAAGAAAUUCGGUUUUUUGUAUGCUCCUUCUUGGCCGAAAAUUUUCACUUUUCACUAGGGUUUCUCCCUCCACCUUCAAGCUCGGAUCUUGACUCUUGGAUUGGGGAUUUCAAGCCUCUUGAUUUGGAUUUGCAAUGUCUCCGCGUCGAUCUCGUCCCCGGAGGAGCCGUUCUCGUUCACAGCAUAGUGAGGAGGAGGUCCCCACGACAUCCUCUCCCGCGGCUUCAUUUUUCGGGGUGGAAUUUCCCGCGGGUAGCCUUCCUCCUCACGCCAACACCGGAUGUAGUCGGGAGGUUUUCUCUUCUGCUACUCUUAGGCAGGCUGUUGGCCCACUUCCUCGGUUCGACGGGGAUCGUCCAAAUGACUCUUGCCGUUCGAUACAGGAAGGAGGGCGCCAUUGCUUGCGCCAACUUAUCACAGAUGCCUCCUUCACCCCUGAUUCUACUUCCACUCAGGUUCUAAAGAAGCCGGGUUUUCUAUUUGGAGAUCAUGUCAGGGAUCCUGCCACGCUGACUCUUUGUGAGGAGCAUUGGUUAACUCUUGACGGUGGAGCCUGUUUGUACAUCCCUUCGAUUCCACGCCACUAUUCUUUCAGUCAUUUGAAGGGGCAAGCCGUGGACCGGCAGAUGUCUUGGCAUCUUACUGAAGAUGCUGAUCGGGUUCAAUGCGGAUAUGCUACUCAC